AUGUUUGCAUCACACUGGCUUCUGUGGGCCCUGCUCCUCUCACUGCUCCUCACUCUGCUCCUCACUCUGCUCCUCACUCUGCUCCUCACUCUGCUCCUCUCACUGCUCCUCACUCUGCUCCUCACUCGGCUUCUCACUCUGCUCCUCACAGUUCCUCUCACUGCUCCUCACUCUGCUCCUCACAGUUCCUCUCACUGCUCCUCACUCUGCUCCACACUCUGCUCCUCACUCUGCUCCUCUCACUGCUCCUCACUCCUCCUCUCUCUGCUCCUCACUCUGCUCCUCUCACUGCUCCUCACUGCUCCUCACUCUGCUCCUCUCACUGCUCCUCACUGCUCCUCACUCUGCUCCUCACACCGCUCCUCACUGCUCCUCACUCUGCUCCUCACUCUGUUCCUCACAUCGCUUCUCACUCUGCUCCUCACACCGCUCCUCACUGCUCCUCACUGCUCCUCACUCUGCUCCUCACUCUGUUCCUCACAGUUCCUCUCACUGCUCCUCACUCUGUUCCUCACAGUUCCUCUCACUGCUCCUCACUCUGCUCCACACUCUGCUCCUCACUCUGCUCCUCACUGCUCCUCACUCUGCUCCUCACUCUGCUCCUCACUGCUCCUCACUCUGCUCCUCACUCUGCUCCUCACUCUGCUCCUCUCACUGCUCCUCACUCUGCUCCUCACUCGGCUUCUCACUCUGCUCCUCACAGUUCCUCUCACUGCUCCUCACUCUGCUCCUCACAGUUCCUCUCACUGCUCCUCACUCUGCUCCACACUCUGCUCCUCACUCUGCUCCUCACUGCUCCUCACUCUGCUCCUCUCACUGCUCCUCACUCCUCCUCUCUCUGCUCCUCACUCUGCUCCUCUCACUGCUCCUCACUGCUCCUCACUCUGCUCCUCUCACUGCUCCUCACUGCUCCUCACUCUGCUCCUCUCACUGCUCCUCACUGCUCCUCACUCUGCUCCCUCACACCGCUCCUCACUGCUCCUCACUCUGCUCCUCACUCUGUUCCUCACAUCGCUUCUCACUCUGCUCCUCACACCGCUCCUCACUGCUCCUCACUGCUCCUCACUCUGCUCCUCACUCUGUUCCUCACAGUUCCUCUCACUGCUCCUCACUCUGUUCCUCACAGUUCCUUUCACUGCUCCUCACUCUGCUCCACACUCUGCUCCUCACUCUGCUCCUCACUGCUCCUCACUCUGCUCCUCACUCUGCUCCUCACUGCUCCUCACUCUGCUCCUCACUCUGCUCCUCACUCGGCUUCUCACUCUGCUCCUCACAGUUCCUCUCACUGCUCCUCACUCUGCUCCUCACAGUUCCUCUCACUGCUCCUCACUCUGCUCCACACUCUGCUCCUCACUCUGCUCCUCACUGCUCCUCACUCUGCUCCUCACUCUGCUCCUCACUGCUCCUCACUCUGCUCCUCACUCUGCUCCUCACUCUGCUCCUCACUCUGCUCCUCACUGCUCCUCACUCUGCUCCUCACUCUGCUCCUCACUGCUCCUCACUCUGCUCCUCACUCUGCUCCUCACUGCUCCUCACUCUGCUCCUCACACUGCUCCUCACUCUGCUCCUCACUGCUCCUAA